AUGAUAUUUGGCGCAAAAAAAGUUGCCCUCCCUGACUUGGGCGGACGGCGCAGCGAGCAGCCGGCCACCGGCGGCGUCAAGAAGCCGCACCGCUACCGGCCCGGCACGGUGGCCCUGCGCGAGAUCCGCCGCUACCAGAAGUCCACCGAGCUGCUGAUCCGCAAGCUGCCGUUCCAGCGGCUGGUGCGCGAGAUCGCGCAGGACUUCAAGACCGACCUGCGCUUCCAGAGCUCGGCCGUGAUGGCGCUGCAGGAGGCGUGCGAGGCCUACCUGGUGGGGCUCUUCGAGGACACCAACCUGUGCGCCCUCUGCGCCAAAGGCGUCACCGUCAUGCCCAAAGGCCAUGCAGUUCGCCUACAGGCGGACGGAGAGCUUCAGGGCCCGAUUGUCGUGCGCCAUCCCAAGGCUGGCCGCCACGUCCAGCCUUCCUAACAGUACCUAAGUUUUGAGACACUGACCUCGCCAGCCCCCCUCCGUGUUGGCAAAUGAAUGAAAUACUGGGAUUACGCUGGUAGGUAGGACACCGUUCUGGAGCCCGAGAAAUGUUUCUCCCGUUUGGGAGGAGCCUAAAAUCGUCAGUGCCGUUGGUUGCUUCCGGGUAGUUAUUUCUGUCCCACUUUGUUAGUUCCCACAACUAUUGCCAUUGAAAUGUAAAGUGUAGUUAAUCGCACAGGCUGUUCCGCCUUACAGGCUUCAAGGUCCAGGUGGAGUAAGGAAAAUCCUAUAAAUAGAGGAUUGUAUGGUUUGACCAAGGAAUGCUUCUGAAUGGAGAGGUGGAGUGUGCUGUGGCUCCCGACGACCCAGGUCUCUCCGCCCAGCUGACGCUGAAGUGUGGAAGGAGGUUGAUUGACGUGACUUACUUUUGUUGCUGUUGUCACCAAAUAAGGAAAACUCCCUCAAUGGUUUUGAUUGCCCAGGGCACAAUCUUGCCUCCUACUUUCUGUGCGCUGGACCCCUGUCACGGAUGUCAUCUCAAAAACGGGGAGAAAAACGUUCUUCGCUUUUUUUCUUGAAUGUCACGGACGACGUUGGCUGCCUGAUGACAUUUAUGGAAAUUCUUCUUAGGAUAACAUUUCAAGGGUAUAAAAUGCAAACAUUGCAAAAAAAUGUUUAUUCCACUUCUUAUCCAAAUUUCAAAAACUAAUAAAUUUGGUAGGAGGGAUCAAUGUGUUUAUAUAGUUAGCACAUUCCAUAAUACAGUCUUUUGGAGACAUCUGUGAUUUCCAGUGGGUGACAAAGUCACAGGUACUGAAAUUGACGGCCCAAUGUCGUCAUAAAGGGAAAUGCUAAAGUUCAGUCAGAGGCGAAGUGUAUUUUUCCCCAUCCCAACUCACAGGCUUCCCCCCCUUAUCAGCACCACCACCCCAUCCACAGGCUCCUGAUUUUUUUUUCCCUUGGAGGUAUUGUGGCGUAUAUGGACUCCAGGUUAAAAGCAUUUGCUCUCAAAUUUGGUUGACCUACCCGUUAUUUUUCCACCCGAUAAAAUUUGGGGGUGAUGGUGGUGGGGUGGUUAGGAACUGACGGCCAAGAAAGAAUUCUUGAAGACGUCUUUGGUGCAAAAACGUGAUUUUCUUAAAGCACAGGGACAGGACCCGCGGGCAGGAAGAGCUAUAUGGGGUCGUGACGGGUAGCUCAUUAUAUAUCCUCAGGUUGGGAGGGGGUCAGGGAUAGAGUAAGUCUCUAGGGUAUUUUGGAAGCAAGGUUUCCGGGGCCUUGAGGGGCUGGUGUUGCGAGGAAAACACCGUUUAUCAACGUUUUAACACUCGAAGUCUAUGAAUAUCUCAUAUUAAUAUUCACACCCUUCAGUUGUUUCUAUUUCUUGUACUUAAAAUAUAAUUACUGCGAA